UCCUCACAAAGCAAUUCUCUGCAGUGCGUUUGCGUGCCUGCCACGCAGCAGCACCGUGCAGCGAUGCAGCGCGGAGCUGAGCCGUGUGUGCUCCUGUCGCCCGGCUGCUUUGCUGCUCGGCUGCGUGCACCACAGCGGGGCUGAGUGGGGAAGGGCUCCGGCAGCCUAUAUUUAGCAGCAACAACAAAACAGGCAGCCGGAUCAGCUGACUGGGCGCAGUGAGCACGGGGUAGUUGUAGGCAGCACAUACACUGCGCGGAAAGCAGGGCAACAGGGAGCGGGGCACGGAGCUGGGAGGGACCCACCACCCGCAGGAGCUGCGGCUCAGCAAUGGCUCCCCGGAUAAGACUGAGUGUUUCAAAGCCUCUCCCAACCAUCUGCGAGGAGGCAAUGGAAGACGUAACCAGCAACCCAAAGCACACUGCAAACACUUCAACCAACCCAGAUCUGUACUCUAGCAAUGAUUAUAUUCAAUCUAUCUGCCACCUUGCCAGACCCACCUUCCCAGGCAUUCCUGAAAGCAGCCAUAGGGUUCAGGACAGAAGAAUCCUGCAGACCCUGGAAGCCAUGUCAUGGUCCCCAUCCCAGCAAGAAACGUCAAUGUGUAAACUGACCAAUUUAAUCUCAAAUGUGAUGCCGCUGGGAAAAGCUGCGUCUGCUCCUGAUGAUGCAGAAGCCGACUUCUGGUCCAGACGGGACCCCCUGGCAGAGAUCUACAGGCACACGGGAAAUCUUUGCUCCUCCAAGGGUUUGUGGAGCAAAAGCUCCAGCACUGACUCCUCCCAGUGCACCUCCUCCAGCCACCUGGGCUCCCUUCAUCCCCCAGCCAUGAAAGAAGAAGCUGCAGGGAAACCACAUUUCCCACGAAUGUUCAGUUUUCCAAGGUUUCCCUCUCCAAGGCCAAUGCAGAAAGAAACGCUCUGCUCAGAGCUGAGGUGUCUCAGAAAGGAUGAGGGGAUGGUUGUAGGGAGCAAUCACAGCCAGAAAGAAGAUACUCCCAGGUUUAUUAACACUGAAGAGCUAUUGCUGUGCUCGGCCAGAGGGAAGCUACUGGGAAAUCGGGCUUUGCGCUGCUCUGUAAGGAGGCAGGGUUUGUUUGAGGCAGCAGGUGCUGAUGAAAAAGAAGGGAGAGGAACUUCUCACUGUGACAAAAACGCAGUGGGUGAUGUUCCCAGUAAACAGAGAUACUCCGAGUGCUUCCGGGCAGCUAAAAAAGCCGUGAUCCAUAAUUGGAUUUCAGAGCACAGAUGCAUGUGGAAAGAAGCAAAGAUAAAGGCUUGUUUGCUCCCAGCCAUUGCUGAAGUGUGAAAAAGUAUCUGUUCCAAAUAAUGAUGUUUGCAAGAAAUAACCACCCUGUGCUCUAGCAGCUCUCCCUGGAGUCCUUAUGUGGAAAACAUGGCUUGAAUGUGCAUGCAAGUCAGGAAACCCUUUGUGAUCCAUCUUACCCCUCAUCUCUGGCCAAAUAGAUGACUUGGAGUUCAGUCCUCUGAGGGAGCAGCAAUUAAUUCUCAUUUUGGAAAGGCAACGGUUCAUAAAGCAUUGCCCCACACCUAUUGCCUUGAACUGCCCCGAGCAUGGAGAAAAUUGAAGAGCCAUCUGUUGUGAAGAAAUAAUCUGAAGGAAAAAAAACCAACAACCCACACAGCUACUGCCAUUGCACACAGAUGCCGAGCAGCCAGAUGUUUCACAUGCUUGGGUAGAGUUAUUCUGAAAGGAACAUUCUGAACCGUGCUUGGACAGUGCUAAAUGUGCCCUCACUGACAUAUGCAUUCACUGAGACACACAGCAUAGAUCACUGCAUCAACACCAGGACAACACUGGGUCACUCACCUGUUAGUGCUUUCAUGUAAAGGAAUAUUGUUAAUAGCUGUAAGAAGCCUGUGAUGAGGAUUUGUUAGAGGACAACACAGAAAACACUGAAACUGCUCCGGGUGGGACUUUUCACCUUUUUUAGUGUUACAAAAAUGUAUAACUUUCAUUUCACAAAACCUUUUUGGGAUGAGUGGAGAGCUCCGGGUGAGCAUUGCCAAUGCUGGUCUGGUGCUGCUGCCCUGGCCCUGCAAGAAAUCAGGGUCACUGCUGUCUGUGCUGGAUGGGAUCAGAGCUGGGAGCUGAGCACAUACGAAUUGUGUCUAUGUUUCCCUUCAUGUUUAUGCUUCUCUAGUUUCCUCCACCUGGCCAUGUUAACCACACCGACUUUGCUAUGCCUGGUGCUGUGAGACCAAAACAUGAAGAAAAAAACAACAUCAUAAGAAGUUCCCAGGACAACCUCUUUGCUGCUGAUGCUGAGUGGGAUGUCUGCAGGAGGAGCAGCGCUGCUGGGGGCUGCUGAGCACAUGGUCAGGCCAUCCCACAACCACCACACUGAGAUAACUUUGUCUCCUGAAACCUCCACUCACUGUCACAGUCCCACAGCACUGCAAGAGGAGCAGGUGAGAAAACUGCUAUGUAACGCUAGUGCAGUUAUUGCUGCCACAGCCACAAAUCGAUCCUUUGGCAGGGAGCAGACAUGAGGACUGGGCUGUUUGCUCAACUGCAGCCAGGACGGGAAAUGCCACUGCAAAGCUGCCAUGCUAGAAGUGCUCACAAGUGAUUUCUGAAAUAUCCUUGAGUAGAUUAAAUCAGACGGCAACUUCUGCUUGGUACCAACACAAGUGCAAAUAUAAUCAAGGAUCAAAAGGUGAGAGAAUCUGAACUGCUCAUUCUCACAUCUCUCACCUCAAAUAUUUUUUAUUCCUGUUGAAACUCAUUAACACACUGGAGCUGAACUGUUUCUCAUCUCCAUUUUCAAACUAACCACACAGCAAGAACAAAGGCGAAGGUGGCUGCAGCUUUUUUAGGACUUAUAGAGAGCCUGAGCUGAACGAGGGCCUCACAGGCUCUGCCUCCCCUCCCUCUACCCUCCCCUUUUGGGUACGCACAGGGAUGGAGGUGAUGUUAGCCCUGGUUGCUAUGCGGAUGUUUCGGUUUCUGUCCACAUUUGAGACACCAAUGCCUAGCAAGUCUUGUGCCAACUGCAUGUAUCACUGUGUUUGACCAAGAAAGCAAAUAAAACCCUUACAUCAAA